AUGUCACGCUUUGGAGGCAAGAAUUUUGGGACCAAGAAUCCAUACGAUGCGUUGAUGGAAGGCGCAGAAGACGACAAGGAAACCGCGGAAGACGAAACCCCACCAGCCAAAAAGCCGAGAUUCGAAAAGCCGAAAGUCAAGGCACCCCAGCCCCCGCCAACCCCCGCCGCAAUAACCAAACCGCCCCCAAAAGUAAAAGAUGGAGGAAAGAAGAUAACAGCCAAGGGAGACGAGGGACAAAAGGAAGAAACUAAAGGCCCCGUCGUGUUGACGAGGCCUGAAGGCCAAAACCCAGGAAUCGGCUCAAAUGCCGUCCGACAUUAUGUUGGCCAGGGUAAUAUGGGCGUCAUUAUCGAUGGGCGGCUGGACGAGAAGGAUGGGCACACAGGACCAGCAAACGACCAAGAGACCCUUCUCAUUCUCAGUGACUUUUUAACAGCUGUCAAAAUGGGAACUACUGUACGCUUGCCCCAGUUGUUAAGAGAAAUGGCAAUGCUCACACAAUUCUAGGGCGAUUACCUACUUUAUGGCUAUAGUACCAAUAGAUUGGAGUUAAAGAAAGAUAGAAAGAGGGUAAUGCAAAAUGCAGCUGUUCUCAAGUUGGCUAAGACAGAUUUAUUAUACGUCAGUGACGGAGGGCACUUCCACAGGGCUCAACCAGAUAUUGACAACAAGUCAAGAGAUAGGACUAGUCACACAACUGUCACGUUAAUGGAUAGAAAAUCAAUGAGAAAUACCCAACCAGGCAAGGAGUAUUAUACACAAUUACAGGUUCAUAUUUAUAUUAAUGAAGACACUGGAAAAUACAGGGGAUAUUGCGUAGUUAUAGAAAGGGAGGCACUCCAGGUUGGGCGCAAGACCGAAAUGUUAGAAGGUGGCUACGAUACGAAGAAAGAGGAGAACAAUUCGAAGAAACACUCAAUCUUGUAUCUCCGUAUCAUCUUGAGCCUCCACCUCCCCCCCAAACGUCCAGCCAACUCACUACUGCCUCUGGAUCAUCGGGCCAGCGCGCUGUUUCUUCCGGAUCGUCUGGUCAGCCUCCUACUUCCUCCGAGUCGACUAACCUAGGCACCAAGAGGACUUUCGGGGGAACUUAUAAGCCUCCUGGGGCAAGGACAGCCGGUACUAAAGACACAGUUGAGAGGACUCCUACGAAAUUCGCAGGAACGGGGGCUUAUGUACCUCCUGGCCGCCGGGCGACCAAUACCCCACAACAAGGUUCAGGAAGCGAGGCUCCUAGGAUAACGGGAGAUAGAUGGGCAAAAUUGGGAGACAAGAGAAGGACUUUUGGAAGCGGGAAAAAGUAA